GCUGCACUGUCUAGCCUUGUCAAAUACGCCCCGCUUCUGCUCAUACAUGACCCUCGCUUCCCCGCAUUCCCUCUCGUCUCCCCGCCUUGCUUGCCCCCGCUGAAGACGUGCCGCUCGUUCGCCAGCCAUGUCCGCCACUUUCCGCAUAACGCCCGCCCUAUGGGACAGGAUACACCACUUUGCGUCCUUUCCCCAGACAGGAGUAUCCCUCCAGCAAAUGGUCCUGUUCGGACAGAAUCCCAACCAGGGGACAUUGCUCCGGGCGAGUCAGUUCUUAGCAGAGGAGCUUCCGGUUCGCCUAGCGCAUCGCGUUGCAGAGCUCGAUGCGCUCCCACACAACCUAUCCGCCAUGCCGUCCAUCAACAAAGUGAAGAACUGGUACGCUCAGUCGUUCGAGGAGCUAAUUAACUUCCCUCGCAUCAACCUGUCGCCCGAACUCAGACGCGCGCUGCAUCAAAAGCCCGACGACAAGCACCUUCCAGAAUCGACUCCGAACCCCUCACUAUCCUAUCACGGUGACGACUUGUACGAGGGCGCCAAUAUUGCGUUCGGGGAUUCGUACGGCUCGCAGCAUAGUAACGGGAAUGGGGAGGGCGGCGUGUCAAACAAGUUAAAGCUCAGGGUACCGAUGGCGCGCAGGUACUAUGCUCGUACGACGCGCACAGAGUGGCCUCCCGAGGUUCGCGACUACAACUACCGCUUCACAAAAACGCUCGAAGCCAUCAAGCGGCGGCACGACCCCACCGUGACCACGGUUGCACAAGGUGUCUUGGAGUGGAAGCGCAGCCAAAAUGCCAAGAACAUUGGAUAUGACAUGCAGUCUUGGUUGGACCGGUUCUACCUAAGCCGUAUCGGCAUUCGGUUUCUGAUUGGACAACACAUCGCACUGAACACGCAUCAACCGCAUCCAGACUACGUCGGUAUCAUCUGUAUAAGAUCGAACGUUCAUGACAUUGUCCGCGAAGCGAUCGAGAACGCGCGUUUCGUUUGCGAGGAACACUACGGCCUCUUCAAGGGCCCUCCCGUGGAACUCAUCUGCCCGAAAGACCUCCACUUCGCCUACGUCCCCGGCCAUCUUUCACACAUCGUCUUCGAGCUCCUCAAGAACUCCUUGCGUGCCGUCGUCGAGCGGUUUGGCGUGGACCGCGAAGACAGCUACCCGCCAAUCAAGGUGAUUGUCGUCGAGGGUAAGGAAGACAUCACGAUCAAGAUCAGCGAUGAGGGUGGAGGUAUUCCGAGGAGUGCCAUUCCGUUGAUUUGGACGUACAUGUACACAACUAUGGAGGGUCAGCUCGACCCGGACUUCCAAGCGAGCGAUUUCCGGGCGCCCAUGGCAGGCUUCGGGUAUGGAUUGCCGCUCUCCAGACUGUAUGCUCGCUACUUCGGCGGCGACUUACGGUUGAUCUCGAUGGACGGCUUCGGGACAGAUGUUUAUAUUCAUUUGAAUCGUCUCUCAAGUAGUCGGGAACCGUUGCCUUAGCUCUGUGUAUUGUUAACAGCUUCGGAUUGCCUGUGACGAACAAAAGUCUCCGUCCUCAGCGCAGAGAAAAGUACGGACUGAUCUUAUUGAGGGGAGCAUUGACCUACAAGAAAGGAGAAUGUAAUAACCCCUCCCUGUGAAAUGCUAAAUCGUAUAAACGUGCCGCAAGGGCAUCGGCAGGG